AUGGAAAGGCAAACAUCUGCAGCAGGAAACACACCACCGGUUAGGCGGAGUCGAAGAAUUGCGGGUAGAAGAAGAGGUGGAAUAGCAGAGACAUCAAGAAUGGGCGAGAGAAACAACAGAUCUCAGCCGAUCAGGUCCGAGAUACAACAAGAACAAAGGGAGAACGACCAAAGAAAUUACCAUGCAGUAAGUGUACACACUACAGAUACAGAUACCGCUGAGGAAAAUGAUGAAAGGCCACAUGCUGAAGGAUCUGAAAGAGAGAUCGAAGACAACAUAACCAUUGCAGAAUUAAGGAAGCGACUGGCAGAGGAAAGAAGAAGAGAAGCAAAACUACGUGCGAAUUUGACACGACAAAAUAAUGAGUUGAGAGAAGAAAAUCAGAGAUUACAAGAACAAAGAUCUCAAUCAAGAUCCAGAGCAACACGUGCAAGCUCAAGAUCAAGGACAAGCAGGAGUACCACUAGAAGGAGUAAAUCCGAGCACGGAGAUAAUACACAAGGACAAUUUUUGGAUAAUACAUUUCAGGAAAAUGAAAAUUCGCAGAAGGAACAUGAAGGGGAUCGCAGAGAAAAUAGGUAUAUUCAAGUGGUAGAGGAUGAACUAAGGCGAAUGCGUCGUAGAGAAGGAAGAAUGAAGCGGAAUGAGGAGAACAAUCGCGCACACGAUGACGAGCAGCGAGAGAAUGGCGCAGAACAAGCAAGGAUGAUACUUUAUGGAAGAGAGAUGCUGCGACAGCAAGAUGAGAGAGACAGAGCAGCACGAGAACAUGCAAAAAAUGAAAGGGAAAAGCGAAGAGAAAGAAGAAAUGAUGAGGAACGACGACAGCUAUAA